CACCUCUUCCAGCGCCUUGCCUUGGACUCUAAUAGCUGGGUUGUUGGACACCUUUAUCUUGAACAACUUGCUCUUCCCUCUGUUUAUGGUAAGACCCAUUCUAGCUGAGUUUUCUGCAACAAUGGCCAAUGCUUAUCUUUUCCUGCAUCUGCUGUUGUGUGUAUGAGAGAAGAGCCAGGUCAUCAGCAACUUUGAGGUCUUGAGGUCGUCUAGCUGUUUCCACUGUGUCCACUCUUGACUGUUCGCUUAUGGCAGUUAUGGGCUGUUGCUGUCUUCAUGACUCAGUCUAUGGCUAGCAGAAACAAGAAGGGGGAGAGUAAACAGACUUGUCUAACUCCUGUUUGAACAGUCAUAUGAGGGGAUGACUUGCAGAAUAGUGUAUGGCAGACAACUGACAGACGCAUUUGAAGUCCACGAGUAGAUUUAAGAUGUCGGGCCCAGACUCAGACUCUGUAGAUUUCAGUGGAACUUCAGUGACUAUUGAUGGCUCCUUUGUAACUGGACUUGCUAAUGUUGAUGUCCAUGUUGAUGGUACAACUGCUAUUAUUCAGGAAAAUUGUGCAGAGUCUGACCGGAAAAGAAUGAAGUUUGAAUCAGAAAAUGACAUGGACUUUUCCCUUGAUCAGUCUUUUAAGCAAAUUCUUUUCAACAUCAACAAAGCCAUAUGCCUGCGGCUUGAUGCAAUGGAUGCCAAAGUGGAUGCUCUAUCCAACAAAACCAGAUCUUUGGAGGACAAAAUGGAUCAAAUCAUUAGCUGGUCCAGGUCUGUCAAUGCCAGCAGUGGAUUAGCAACAUCUGCUUCACGUAAAGGAGCUGUGAUAGUGGGUCUUCCUCAAGUGAAAACAGAAGCAGGUGAAAUGAAUUCUAUGGACAACUCCAUUUCAAACCUUGGACCCAACGUCACAUUAAUCACACUCAACACAGAAGAGGAUUUUCCUAAUGGUACAUGGUUGGGGGAUGAACACAAUCCAGAGAUGAGAGUUCGAGUUCCUAUCACACCAAGUGAUCUUCUUCAUGUGCAUUCAAAUUGUCGAACUGCUGAAAAAAUGGCUCUUACUUUGUUGGACUAUUUGUUUGACCGUGAUACACAAGCAGCUUCCAAUUUAUCUGGUCAGGGGAAGCAUGGCAAGAAGCAGUUGGAUCCAUUGAUGAUAUAUGGGAUAAGAUGUCACCUUAUUAAAAGAUUUGACAUUGCUGAGAGUGAUUGGCAUAGAAUAAAACAGAAUAUUGAUUCCAAGUGUCGCACUGCUUGGCGUAGAAGACAACGAGGAAUGCCUCUAACAGUGAAAGCUUUCAGAGGCAAAGCUCCACCCUCAUAUGUUAACAUUGCUAAUCACAUGGGUGAUUUGUGUGGAGGCAGUGAUGAAGAUUCCUUAAGUCAAGAAGAUGGAGAGUUACAUAUACAUCAGCAAGCUGAUAUACAAGCUGCUCUGGCUAUGCAAGGUGAAGGUCUUCAGGCUGGAGAAAUCCAGAUUUUACAUGCUACACCUGAACAAAUAUCCCAACUUCAGCAUGCUCAACACAUACAGAUACUUUCUGGUGACCAAGUCAUUGGGCAAAUACAACAUUCAGACAUUUUGGGUGAUGGUAUUCAAGUUGCUACCAUGACAACAGAAAGUGGAGAAGUCCUUCAUAUACAGCAAAAUGUAUCUGGAGUCACAGGAACAGAAACAGACGUUUCCCAAUGACAAUUAGCCCUGCCUUGAUAGGCAGCAGAAUUUGACACUUAUUAAGACUAUUGAGAUUAUACAUUAAGUCUUUGUACAUAACUGAACAAUGUAAAAUGUCUGAAAUAUGAAUAAUUCUGAUAGUUAACAAGACUGUGUUUACAAGAAUCAGAUUUUGUAUGCUGAUAUUUUGUGUGUGUGUGUGCAAGGGCCAAUUAUCUUUAAAUUCAUUAUCUUCUUGAAUUCACUCCCAUGUCUAAUGGCUGUGGGUGCUUAUUGAGCAGGGUGCCUGUAUUUGUAGGAUUGCACACAACUCUGAGGUAAAUACUUACAGCUCCAAAGUCCAAAACUUGAAAGCUUAAAACUGCAAUUCAUAUGUGCCAAGAGUUUUCUCCCCUUCCAUAGGUACUUAGAAAUGCUUUAGUGAAUUACAACCAGCUCUAUUUGUGAUGCUCAUGGUGUACAUUGGAAAGAUCAUUUGUUUGGCUACAUUUUAUUGAUUACUUUUUUUUUAAUAGCCUUAAAUUUCUUUUCUUUUAUUCCAUUAACAUUCAUGAGUCCAUUGAAACUAAAUAAAUGGUGUAAUAGCUGUCACACGGACAUUAAAUCCUUAGGUUACUCAUUUCCUGCUUCUGUAAAUAGUAGGUAAAAAUAUUAUCUCUGGUUUUAUCAGUAUUACCUAUAAUGUACUGUUAAGUAGUUGGCAUAUAAUUUUGAAAGACUUUUUGAUUUCAUUUGAUCUCAUCAAACUUUUUAUCAUGUAUACAUGGAUCAAUGUUAUGUUUUAGAUUAACAAUUCUGAAUCUGUUUGUUAUCAGGUUGCUCGUUAUAAGUCCUUAGGUUUAUUUCAGGGGGUAAUUUUCUUUUUUAAUUUAGAACUGAAUCUUUCAUGUACUAAAAUGUUGAGGUAGAAUGAUGAUGCCAUGAUCUUUCUUGUGGAUGUUUCAUGUAUCAAGGGUGUUGAGAUAGAAGUAUAUGUCUUAAUAUGUUGGUUUAAAUUUGACUGUAAGUUUAACUUCUUUAGUUCUGUUUUGAUUCAUUGCUGCAUUUGUUUUUUAUUUUAUAACCACUUCAUAUUUAUUUAAAUUAGUUAAGAUAGCUGAAUAAUCAUCCCAAGGCAAAGUGUUUGAGGGAAGUUAAUAACUUAUAAUUAAAUUUGUUUAAUUAUUCAAUUUUAACUGGAUGGAUAUAAAGUCAUGUUCAUUCAGAUAUAUAUAUGUGACAUAAGACAUAGUGUGAAUGUUUGAUGUCAAGUUUGACUUGGUUGAAUAUGUUGAGUGUACACAAUUGUUUAAUAAUACUUGAUAUGAUGCUUACGUUUUGUCUUUCAUUGCUACCUGAUAAUUGUAUUAGGUCUACUGAUUGAAUCUGAAACUUGGUUAUGAAAUUAAAGUUAUUGAGAAUACAAACAUUUCUUACUAUUAUAAA